AUGUUUGGUUAGAAUGUCGAUACUUAAGAUUUAAAAAUUCUUAAAUGUGUUCAUGAUUACAAAACAAUGAGUAAAAAAUUAAAGAUUCGUGCAUUCGGCUAAUUUCAUUAAUGCUAAUACAACUGUGUUAAAGACAUAUUUUCAAAAACNUACAUGAUUGUUACUACAGUUAUAAAUAUUUUUGGUUAGUUGACUCUUGAUGAUGAAUUAACAUCGAAAAUUAUUUAGAAAGGAUUAUGUAUUUUCUAAUUUAAAAUUAGAAAAAAUAAUUAACCUUGUAUUUAUGUGUCAUCCUCAUAGGGUUAAAUAAUUAAAGUUCAUUGAUAUUAAUCAAAAAGAUUAUCCCAAAGCAAUAUUGGAGUUUUAAAUAUAUACAUUUCGUCUAUUGAGAUAUUUAGCUUCUCUAAGGCAUAUUCUGAGAAAGUAGAUGUUUGGGAUUUGGGAUGUAUCUUAUAUGAGGUGCUUUAAUAAAAUCCUGCAUUUUAAUCAGCAAAUCCGUUGAUGCUAGAAAGGAAGAUAGUAUAAUUAGAAUAUGAGUCAAUCAAUUAAGGUAUAUAUAAGAAUGAGUUGAUGAAUAUUGUUGAAUUGUGUCUUUAGAAGGAAGAGGAUAAAAGACCAUCAGUUAAUGAAUUACUUGAAAUGAUAAGUUUAAAGGUUAUAGUUUUGAUGGAAUAUAUCAAGUAGGAGAAAGAUGAUCUGAAAAGUGAGUUGUAAGAUUUAAGAUCAAUAAUUAAUGAUUAAUAAUAUGAGAUAAAGAAAGAGUAAUAGUUGGUUUGGAAUAUAUUUUAGAAACUAUUAUAAUUAUCACAUCAGGAUUAUAAAACUAUUGAUGCAAAGAAUUAAUAUAUAAUUGAAUAGUUUAGAAGAAAGAUAAGCAAAUCAGAUAAUGAAAUUAAUAUAUAGGCAGAAUUGAAUAAAUUAACAUCUUUGUCUAAGGAGUAGAUAUCCUAUUUGCCAAAGAUAAAUUAUUGA